ACACACCGUCCUCCAACUUCGCCUGAAGCUUUUUUCCCUGUUUCUUGAAGCAAUUUAAUUUCUCUCACAUAACACGUAAUUUCGUUUUAUAUUUAUUUUUAAUUGAAAAAAUCUGACAUCCCAACUAUCCAACUAACCUUUGCCAUUUUUAUUAAAUAUUAUUAACAAUUUGUUGGAAACAUAUUUUCUUGAUUUUGGGCUCUGUUGAUUCGUUGAAGGUGUGAAAAAAAAUGAGGGAUUGGAGAUGGGUUUUUAUUGUACUUUUGUAUCUCGCGAUUUCUUUAACAACUGAAUCCUUUGAAUUCCGUAGAACUCAACGUACUGAGAGAAUCUCUGGUAGUGCAGGUGAUGUAUUGGAAGACAAUCCAAUCGGAAGAUUAAAAGUGUUUAUUUACGAGCUUCCAAGCAAAUACAACAAAAAGAUACUACAAAAAGAUCCAAGAUGCCUCACACAUAUGUUUGCAGCGGAGAUUUACAUGCACCGUUUCCUUUUAUCGAGCCCCGUUCGAACACUUAACCCCGAAGAAGCCGAUUGGUUUUACACUCCCGUUUAUACGACUUGUGACCUAACCCCAAACGGCCUCCCUUUGCCGUUCAAAUCGCCACGUAUGAUGAGAAGUGCCGUCCAAUUAAUUUCUUCCAACUGGCCUUAUUGGAAUCGAACCGAAGGUGCCGAUCAUUUCUUCAUUGUGCCUCAUGAUUUUGGCCCGUGCUUUCACUAUCAAGAAGAGAAAGCUAUAGAGAGAGGGAUUCUUCCUUUGCUCGAACGGGCUACCUUGGUUCAAACUUUUGGACAGAAAAAUCACGUUUGUCUGAAAGAUGGAUCAAUCACGAUUCCUCCAUAUGCUCCUCCUCAGAAAAUGCAAUCCCAUUUAAUUCCUCCAACCACUCCUCGCUCCAUUUUCGUUUACUUUCGGGGCUUAUUUUACGAUGUUGGAAACGACCCUGAAGGUGGUUAUUAUGCAAGAGGCGCACGAGCAUCGAUGUGGGAGAAUUUCAAGGACAACCCAUUAUUCGAUAUCUCAACCGAGCACCCAACGACCUACUACGAAGACAUGCAGAGAGCCGUCUUUUGCCUGUGCCCGCUCGGGUGGGCCCCGUGGAGUCCAAGAUUGGUCGAAGCUGUAAUAUACGGUUGUAUCCCUGUUAUUAUAGCCGACGACAUCGUAUUGCCGUUUGCCGAUGCUAUUCCGUGGGAAGACAUUGGAGUUUUUGUCGCGGAAAAGGAUGUACCUAAUUUGGACACAAUUCUUACAUCAAUUCAUGUGGACGAGAUAUUGAGGAAGCAAAGAGUGCUUGCAAAUCCUUCGAUGAAACAGGCUAUGUUGUUCCCACAGCCAGCUCAGCCGAGAGAUGCUUUUCAUCAGAUCUUGAAUGGGCUCGCUCGGAAGCUGCCCCAUGGUAAGAGCGUGUACUUGCAAUCGGGUGAUAAGUUCUUGAACUGGACUGCGGGCCCCGUGGGGGACCUUAAACCAUGGUAGAUAAUAUAUAUAUAUACAUUGUGAUUGCUCUGGGAAUUGCUAUCAUUCCACUUUAUUUUUGUAGCAGGAACAAUUUCUUAUAAAAGAAAGGGUAAAUUACAACCACCCCUGAGGUAUGGUCAACUUACGAAAACCCCUCUUGUUUGGAUAAUUACAUUUACCCCUCAACUAUGAAACAUGUUACACCUCCACUCUUAUGAUGUCAAAUUCAACAUAAUCAGCUAGAUUCCGUGAAA